CCUCGCAUCUGUGAUUCUGCUGACGAGAGUUUUGCGUUUUUAAUCAUCUGAAGUGUUUAAAUAUUACAACUAAUUUGUUGUAUAGGUACCGAUUGUUUAAUUUAACGACGUAAUACUUUACAUAACAUUUAAAACACACGACUUUGUAAACAUGGCGUUUAUUAAAGAGGAGACCGUUGAUAUCAGGAUUGAAGAAGUUUUCUGUCUCAAACAAGAAGAUUUCGAGAAACUCAGAGACUUGACGGCAACUAAAGAGAAGAAUGAAGUGCUGAAUAAAAUGGAAGAAGAUCAGCAUGAGAACCAUCAUGAUUUCAUAACUGAAGAAAAAUCUUUCAAUGGCUCCGAGAUUAAGAAGACUUCCCCCCGAAAAACAGUUAAAAAAGCGAUAGGAGCUAGAAGUUGUUUUACCUGCUUUCAGUGUGGAAAGCUUUUCACUCAAAAAGGAAGCCUUAUCAGGCAUAUGAGAAUUCACACUGGAGAGAAGCCUUUCACCUGCCUUCAGUGUGGAAAACACUUCAGUCACAAAGCAAACCUUACCAGGCAUAUGAGAAUUCACACUGGAGAGAAGCCUUACACAUGCCAACAGUGUGGAAAGAGUUUUCAUCAACAUGUAAACCUUAAAGUACACAUGAGAACUCACAAUUGUGAAAAACUUUAUUCGUGCCAGCAGUGUGGAAAAAGUUUUGCUCAACAAGGAAACCUCGACGUCCACAUGAAAAUUCAUACAGAAGAAAACCCUUUUACCUGUCAACAGUGUGGAAAAAGUUUUGCUCAACAGGGAAACCUCGACGUCCACAUGAAAAUUCAUACAGAAGAAAACCCUUUAACUUGUCAACAGUGUGGAAAAAGUUUCAAACGAAUAGGAAACCUUAAGUACCACAUGAGAUUUCACACUAGGGAAAAGCCUUACACAUGCCUUCAGUGCGGAAAGAGUUUUGAUCAAAAUGAAAAGCUUGAAGUACAUGUGAAAGUUCACAGUGGAGACAAACCUUUCACCUGCCUUCAGUGUGGAAAACACUUCAGUCACAAAGCAAACCUUACCAGGCAUAUGAGAAUUCACACUGGAGAGAAGCCUUACACAUGCCAACAGUGUGGAAAGAGUUUUCAUCAACAUGUAAACCUUAAAGUAGACAUGAGAACUCACAAUCGUGAAAAACUUUAUUCGUGCCAGCAGUGUGGAAAAAGUUUUGCUCAACAGGGAAACCUCGACGUCCACAUGAAAAUUCAUACAGAAGAAAACCCUUUAACUUGUCAACAGUGUGGAAAAAGUUUCAAACGAAUAGGAAACCUUAAGUACCACAUGAGAAUUCACGCUAGAAAAAAGCUUUACACAUGCCAUCAGUGUGGAAAAAGUUUCACUCAAAAUGAAAAGCUUGAAGAACACAUGACAAUUCACACCGGAGAAAACCUUUGCACCAGCCAACAGUGUGGAGUAAGUUUCACUCAAAAUGAGAUUCUCAAUAUGGACAAGAAAAUUCAGACUGGGGAGAAGCCUUACACAUGCCCUCAGUGUGGAAAGGGUUUUCAUCAACAAAGAAACCUUGAAGUCCACAUGAAAGUUCAUACAGGAGAAAGGCCUUUUACCUGCCAACAGUGUGGCAAACAAUUCAACCAAAAAGUAAACCUUGAAGCUCACUUGAAAGUACACACUGGAGAAAGCCAUUUCACUUGCAAGCAGUGCAGAAAACAUUUCACUACAAAAGGAAGCCUUAACAGGCAUAUGCGAAUACACAGUGGAGAGAAGUCUUACUCAUGCCCUCAGUGUGGAGUAAGUUUCACACAAAAAGUGGUUCUCAAUAGGCACAUAAGAAAUCAUACUAGGGAAAAGCCUUACACAUGCCCUCAGUGUGGAAAGAGUUUUGAUCAAAAUGAAAAGCUUGAAGUACAUAUGAGAAUUCACACUGGAGAGAAGCCUUUCACCUGCCUUCAGUGUGGAAAACACUUCAGUCACAAAGCAAACCUUACCAGGCAUAUGAGAAUUCACACUGGAGAGAAGCCUUACACAUGCCAACAGUGUGGAAAGAGUUUUCAUCAACAUAUAAACCUUAAAGUACACAUGAGAACUCACAAUCGUGGAAAACUUUAUUCGUGCCAGCAGUGUGGAAAAAGUUUUGCUCAACAAGGAAACCUCGACGUCCACAUGAAAAUUCAUACAGAAGAAAACCCUUUUAGCUGUCAACAGUGUGGAAAAAGUUUUGCUCAACAGGGAAACCUCGACGUCCACAUGAAAAUUCAUACAGAAGAAAACCCUUUUACCCAUCAACAGUGUGGAAAAAGUUUUGCUCAACAGGGAAACCUCGACGUCCACAUGAAAAUUCAUACAGAAGAAAACCCUUUUACCCAUCAACAGUGUGGAAAAAGUUUUGCUCAACAGGGAAACCUCGACGUCCACAUGAAAAUUCAUACAGAAGAAAACCCUUUAACUUGUCAACAGUGUGGAAAAAGUUUCAAACGAAAAGGAACCCUUAAGUACCACAUGAGAUUUCACACUAGAGAAAAGCUUUACACAUGCCAUCAGUGUGGAAAAAGUUUCACUCAAAAUGACAAGCUUGAAGAACACAUGAGAAUUCACACCGGAGAAAACCUUUCCACCAGCCAACAGUGUGGAGUAAGUUUCACUCAAAAUGAGAUUCUCAAUAUGGACAAGAAAACUCAGACUGGGGAGAAGCCUUACACAUGCCAACAGUGUGGAAAGGGUUUUCAUCAACAAAGAAACCUUGAAGUCCACAUGAAAGUGCAUACAGGAGAAAGGCCUUUUACCUGCCAACAGUGUGGAAAACAAUUCAACCAAAAAGUAAACCUUGAAGCUCACUUGAAAGUACACACUGGAGAAAGCCAUUUCACUUGCAAGCAGUGCAGAAAACAUUUCACUACAAAAGGAAACCUUAACAGGCAUAUGCGAAUACACAGUGGAGAGAAGUCUUACUCAUGCCCUCAGUGUGGAGUAAGUUUCACACAAAAAGUGGUUCUCAAUAGGCACAUAAGAAAUCAUACUAGGGAAAAGCCUUACACAUGCCUUCAGUGCGGAAAGAGUUUUGAUCAAAAUGAAAAGCUUGAAGUACAUAUGAGAAUUCACACCGGAGAGAAGCCUUUCACCUGCCUUCAGUGUGGAAAACACUUCAGUCACAAAGCAAACCUUACCAGGCAUAUGAGAAUUCACACUGGAGAGAAGCCUUACACAUGCCAACAGUGUGGAAAGAGUUUUCAUCAACAUGUAAACCUUAAAGUACACAUGAGAACUCACAAUCGUGAAAAACUUUAUUCGUGCCAGCAGUGUGGAAAAAGUUUUGCUCAACAAGGAAACCUCGACGUCCACAUGAAAAUUCAUACAGAAGAAAACCCUUUUACCUGUCAACAGUGUGGAAAAAGUUUUGCUCAACAGGGAAACCUCGACGUCCACAUGAAAAUUCAUACAGAAGAAAACCCUUUUACCUGUCAACAGUGUGGAAAAAGUUUUGCUCAACAGGGAAACCUCGACCUCCACAUGAAAAUUCAUACAGAAGAAAACCCUUUAACUUGUCAACAGUGUGGAAAAAGUUUCAAACGAAUAGGAAACUUUAAGUACCACAUGAGAAUUCACACUAGAAAAAAGCUUUACACAUGCCAUCAGUGUGGAAAAAGUUUCACUCAAAAUGAAAAGCUUGAAGAACACAUGACAAUUCACACCGGAGAAAACCUUUCCACCAGCCAACAGUGUGGAGUAAGUUUCACUCAAAAUGAGAUUCUCAAUAUGGACAAGAAAAUUCAGACUGGGGAGAAGCCUUACACAUGCCAACAGUGUGGAAAGGGUUUUCAUCAACAAAGAAACCUUGAAGUCCACAUGAAAGUGCAUACAGGAGAAAGGCCUUUUACCUGCCAACAGUGUGGCAAACAAUUCAACCAAAAAGUAAACCUUGAAGCUCACUUGAAAGUACACACUGGAGAAAGCCAUUUCACUUGCAAGCAGUGCAGAAAACAUUUCACUACAAAAGGAAGCCUUAACAGGCAUAUGCGAAUACACAGUGGAGAGAAGUCUUACUCAUGCCCUCAGUGUGGAGUAAGUUUCACACAAAAAGUGGUUCUCAAUAGGCACAUAAGAAAUCAUACUAGGGAAAAGCCUUACACAUGCCCUCAGUGUGGAAAGAGUUUUGAUCAAAAUGAAAAGCUUGAAGUACAUAUGAGAAUUCACACUGGAGAGAAGCCUUUCACCUGCCUUCAGUGUGGAAAACACUUCAGUCACAAAGCAAACCUUACCAGGCAUAUGAGAAUUCACACUGGAGAGAAGCCUUACACAUGCCAACAGUGUGGAAAGAGUUUUCAUCAACAUGUAAACCUUAAAGUACACAUGAGAACUCACAAUCGUGGAAAACUUUAUUCGUGCCAGCAGUGUGGAAAAAGUUUUGCUCAACAAGGAAACCUCGACGUCCACAUGAAAAUUCAUACAGAAGAAAACCCUUUUACCUGUCAACAGUGUGGAAAAAGUUUCAAACGAAAAGGAACCCUUAAGUACCACAUGAGAUUUCACACUAGAGAAAAGCUUUACACAUGCCAUCAGUGUGGAAAAAGUUUCACUCAAAAUGACAAGCUUGAAGAACACAUGAGAAUUCACACCGGAGAAAACCUUUCCACCAGCCAACAGUGUGGAGUAAGUUUUACUCAAAAUGAGAUUCUCAAUAUGGACAAGAAAACUCAGACUGGGGAGAAGCCUUACACAUGCCAACAGUGUGGAAAGGGUUUUCAUCAACAAAGAAACCUUGAAGUCCACAUGAAAGUGCAUACAGGAGAAAGGCCUUUUACCUGCCAACAGUGUGGAAAACAAUUCAACCAAAAAGUAAACCUUGAAGCUCACUUGAAAGUACACACUGGAGAAAGCCAUUUCACUUGCAAGCAGUGCAGAAAACAUUUCACUACAAAAGGAAGCCUUAACAGGCAUAUGCGAAUACACAGUGGAGAGAAGUCUUACUCAUGCCCUCAGUGUGGAGUAAGUUUCACACAAAAAGUGGUUCUCAAUAGGCACAUAAGAAAUCAUACUAGGGAAAAGCCUUACACAUGCCUUCAGUGCGGAAAGAGUUUUGAUCAAAAUGAAAAGCUUGAAGUACAUGUGAAAGUUCACAGUGGAGAAAAACCUUUCACCUGCCUUCAGUGUGGAAAACACUUCAGUCACAAAGCAAACCUUACCAGGCAUAUGAGAAUUCACACUGGAGAGAAGCCUUACACAUGCCAACAGUGUGGAAAGAGUUUUCAUCAACAUGUAAACCUUAAAGUACACAUGAGAACUCACAAUCGUGAAAAACUUUAUUCGUGCCAGCAGUGUGGAAAAAGUUUCAGAAAGAAAUGGAUUCUCAACAGGCAUAUGAGAAUUCACACUGGAGAGAAGAAGCCUUACAUGUGCCUUCAGUGUGGAAAGAGUUUUCAUCAGCAUGGAAACCUUAAACUCCACAUGAGUAUUCAUACAGGAGAAAGGCCUUUUACCUGCCAACAGUGUGGAAAGACUUUUGAUCAAAAUGAAAAGCUUCAAGUACACAUGAUAAUUCACAUUGGAGAAAACCCUUUUACCUGUCAACAGUGUGGAGAAAGUUUCGGAAAGAAAUGGAUUCUCAACCGGCAUAUGAUAAUUCACACUGGUGAGAAGCCUUACAUGUGCCUUCAGUGUGGAAAGAGUUUUAAUCAGCAUGGAAACCUUAAACUCCACAUGAGUAUUCAUACAGGAGAAAAGCCUUUUACCUGCCAACAGUGUGGAAAGCAUUUCAAACGAAAAGGAAGCCUUAAGUAUCACAUGAGAAUUCACUCCAGGGAGGAAAAGCCUCACACAUGCCCUCAGUGUGGAAAGAGUUUCGAUCAAAAUGAAAAGCUUGAAGAACACAUGACAGUUCACACUGGAGAAAACCUUUCCAUCAGCCAACAGUGUGGAGUAAGUUUCACUCAAAAUGAGAUUCUUAAUAUGGACAAGAAAACUCAGACUGGGGAGAAGCCUUACACAUGCCCUCAGUGUGGAAAGGGUUUUCAUCAACAAAGAAACCUUAAACUCCACAUGAAAGUUCAUACAGGAGAAAGGCCUUUUACCUGCCAACAGUGUGGAAAACAUUUCAAACGAAAAGGAAACCUUAAUUAUCACAUGAGCGUACACACUGGAGAAAGCCAUUUCACCUGCCAGCAGUGUGGACUAAGUUUCACUCAAAAAGGAAGCCUUAACAGGCAUAUGCGAAUACACACUGGAGAGAAACCUUGCUCAUGCCCUCGGUGUGGAAAGAGUUUCGAUCAGCAUGGAAAUCUUAAAGUCCACAUGAGAAUUCACACUGGAGAAAAGCCCUACAAGUGCCCUCAGUGUGGAAAGAGUUUUGAUCAACAUGGAAACUUUAAACUCCACAUGAAAAGUCAUACAGGAGAAAGGCCUUUUACCUGCCAACAGUGUGGAAAGCGUUUCAAACGAAAAGGAACCCUUAAUUAUCACAUGAGGAUUCACUCCAGGGAGGAAAAGCCUUACAUAUGCCAUCAGUGUGGGAAGAAUUUCAAUCAAAAUGAAAAGCUUGAAGAACACAUGAAAAUUCACACCGGAGAAAACCUUUCCACCAGCCAACAGUGUGGAGUAAGUUUCACUCUAAAAGGGUUACUCAAUUUGGACAAGAAAAUUCAUACUGGGGAAAAGCCUUACACAUGCCCUCAGUGUGGAAAGGGUUUUCAUCAACAUAGAAACCUUAAAAUUCACAUGAAAGUUCAUACAGGAGAAAGGCCUUUUACCUGCCAACAGUGUGGAAAAUGUUUCAAACGAAAAGGAAACCUUAAUUAUCACAUGAGCGUACACACUGGAGAAAGCCAUUUCACCUGCCAGCAGUGUGGACUAAGUUUCACUCAAAAAGGAAGCCUUAACAGGCAUAUGCGAAUACACACUGGAGAGAAACCUUACUCAUGCCCUCGGUGUGGAAAGAGUUUCGAUCAGCAUGGAAAUCUUAAAGUCCACAUGAGAAUUCACACUGGAGAAAAGCCCUACAAGUGCCCUCAGUGUGGAAAGAGUUUUGAUCAACAUGGAAACUUUAAAGUCCAUAUGAGAGCUCACACUAGAAAGAGCCCUUUCAACUGUCAACAGUGUGGGAAAGGAUUCACCCGAAAAGGAAACCUUAAUUACCACACAAGAAUUCAUACUGGAGAGAAGCCUUUCAUCUGCAAACAAUGUGGAAAGGGCUUCACUCAAAAAGAGAUUCUCAACAGACACAUGAAAAUUCACACUGAAGUUCAGAUGAGAAAUCAUACUGAAGAGACCCCUUUACUUACCAACAGUGUGGAACUUUCGGCAGAAGUUAAGUUUGAAAAUGAAUCCAUAUCUUGCUAAUGAAUGCCCAGAACAGUAAGAAGCCAUUUAUAUGUGAUUACUGUGGAGUUUCAGAUAGAUGCUAACUCCUUGAGGAUUCACUUAAGAGAGAAUGUCAUCAAAUUGUUUCCUGUCUGUGAAACUCCUACCACUCUGGAGUCAUGUAAUAACUCUCAUCUGACAGAAGUCUUAAAUGUCAUUUCACUGUGGAAAUACUUGCAGAAACAAAGCAUAUCUUGAGGUUCACACUAGAGAUAAAACCUUUCAUUUGCUCCCUGUGUUGGAAGAGUUUCAACCUUAAAGUAAAUGUUAACAUUUACAUGAGACAAUAAAGAAAGAAUUUCAUAUCUUUAGUGUGAAGAGUUAAAUCAAACGGCCCUGAAAUGUGGAGUGCUAC